GCUCCGUGAUGCGCUGCGUCGUGACGUAGCCAACCUGCGACAGCUCGGGCGGCAGUUUGUUUUGGUGGCUGAAUGAGAUGCUCCCACUUGCAUUUUCAACGUUAACCAACUAAAGGCGAAUUAACAUGAUCCACGAGCUGCUGCUGGCGUUGAGUGGAUACCCUGGGACGAUUUUCACAUGGAACAAACGGACAGGUUUGCAGGUGUCCCAGGACCUUCCCUUCCUUCACCCCAGUGAGUCCAGUGUCCUCAACCGGCUCUCUAAACUGGGCUCAGAUUACAUGCGCUUUACCGAGUUCAUAGAACAACACACAGGCCAUGUGCAUCAACAAGAACAUCAUACGAACCAGCCUAACCAGACGGGACUUCAUGGAAUUUACUUGCGGGCUUUCUGCACAGGGCUGGACUCCAUACUGCAGCCGUACAGACAGGCCCUGCUGGACCUCGAACAAGAGUUUCUUGGAGAUCCACAUCUGACAAUAUCUCAUGUGAAUUACAAGCUCGAUCAGUUCCAGUUGCUGUUUCCUUCUGUGAUGGUGGUUGUAGAGUCAAUAAAAUCACAGAAGAUCCAUGGCUGUCAGAUCCUGGAGACGGUGUACAAGCACAGCUGUGGGGGGCUUCCUCCUGUACGCAUGGCCUUGGAAAAGAUCCUCGCUGUGUGCCAUGGUGUGAUGUACAAGCAGCUCGCAGCUUGGAUGCUGCACGGAUUGCUGCUGGACCAAAGCGAGGAGUUUUUCGUGAAGCAGGGGCCCAGCGCGGGAGGAGCUGCCGCCAACCAGGAGGAGGAGGAGGAGGACCUGGGGCUGGGAGGCUUGAGCGGGAAACAGCUCCGAGAACUCCAGGACCUGAGGCUGAUCGAGGAGGAGAACAUGCUGGCCCCGUCUCUGCAGCAGUUCUCGCUGCGGACAGAGAUGCUUCCUUCUUACAUUCCCAUCAGGGUGGCCGAGAAGAUCCUCUUUGUUGGAGAGUCCGUCCAGAUGUUUGAAAACCACAACCACAGCCCAUCGAGAGCUGGCUCCAUACUGAAGCACCAGGAGGACAUGUUUGCUGCCGAGCUGCACAGACUCAAACAGCAGCCUCUUUUCAGCCUGGUGGAUUUUGAAAAUUUGAUUGAUCGCAUCAGGAGCACAGUGGCAGAGCAUCUUUGGACGUUAAUGGUGGAGGAGUCCGAUCUGCUCGAACAGCUCAAGAUUAUUAAGGACUUCUACCUGCUGGGCCGUGGCGAGCUCUACCAGGUUUUUAUCGACCUCGCGCAGCACAUGCUGAAGACGCCUCCGACAGCCGUCACUGAGCACGAUGUGAACGUGGCCUUUCAGCAGGCGGCUCAUAAGGUGCUCCUGGACGACGACAACCUCCUGCCUCUGCUGCACCUCACUGUGGACUACCAGGGCAAAGACAAAGAGGCGACGGGCUCCAGAGAUGGAGCCACUCCUCCCCAAGACACCUCCCCUCGUGAGGUCCCUCCCACAGGUUGGGCGGCUCUCGGUCUCAUCUACAAGGUCCAGUGGCCGCUGCACAUCCUCUUCACUCCCGCCAUCUUGGAGAAGUACAACGUUGUGUUCAGGUACCUGCUGAGUGUGCGGCGGGUGCAGUCGCAGCUGCAGCACUGCUGGGCUCUCCAGAUGCAGAGGAAACACCUCAAGUCCAGCCAGACAGACGCUGUUAAGUGGCGACUACGCAACCACAUGGCGUUCCUGAUCGACAACCUGCAGUACUACUUGCAGGUGGACGUGCUGGAGUCCCAGUUCUCUCAGCUGCUUCAGCAGAUCAACUCCACCAGAGACUUUGAGAGCAUCCGACUGGCCCACGACCACUUCCUCAGCAACCUGCUCGCCCAGUCCUUCAUCCUCCUGAAGCCGGUAUUCCACUGUCUGAAUGAGAUCCUGGAGCUGUGUCAGACCUUCUGCUCACUGGUCAGUCAGAGUGUGAUGUCACUGGACGAGAGGGGAACUGCUCAGCUGGAUAUCCUGGUCAAGGGCUUUAGACGGCAGUCCUCCUUGCUGUUUAAAAUCCUUUCGAGUGUGAGGAACCAUCAGAUAAACUCCGAUCUGGCUCAGCUGUUACUGCGACUGGACUACAACAAAUACUACACCCAGGCCGGAGGCACUCUGGGCAGUAUUUAAGAAGAGCGCAAAGGAUUCAGAUAUGGAGACAUUUCCAUCCAAGCCAAGAAGAAACUGCCAUCAGUCUUGUCCUUUUGCUCUAAACAAAAAUACUGUUAGCGUGGCAUGCCGGUUAAAAUGCUCUUUUAAAGGGUUAGCUCACCCAAGUUAUACAAUCCUGUUUUCCUCACUCAUCUGUAGAGAUAUUUAGUCAUGCAGAUAAGUUUUUGAUUUACAUCCAGAGAUGUUCACAUAUGUUCCUCUGAAAUUUCUGCCGCCACCUCAAUAAAACAGAGGAGGAUGGGAUUGUGUUUGUGGCGCUCUUGGCACUGAAAAAUGACAACAAAAAACAACAGCAAAGUUUUCUCAGACACAAUGACAUCACUGUAGGCAGAUUUGAGUGGGACUAUUUCUUUGGUAGGAAGUAGUUCCAGUGACAUCUGAUCAUUAAGGUCUGUGGAUUAAACACAUAACGAGACAAGCCUGGUUUGAUUGAGCCGCACAAACUCAAGCUUUCAUAAUCUUCAACAAUUACAGCCUGGUUUAAGAACUGUUUAUUUUAUUUAAGCAAUAGUUCAACAUUUUAGGAAAUCUGCUUCCAGCUGUAAAGCAUUUUACCACUCUCAUCUGUUAAAGAAGACGCUACAGAGGUCAAAGCUCCAGCAACCCCUGUAGCAUGCAGACCAACUUUACCAACACACCUCGCCUUCAUCCGGGCCACAGCUAGCAGACGGUUGGCUGAGCUUAGCAUAAACACCUUUUGGACGUAGCCUGCCAGGCUACUUGUUUCCACUCUUCAUGCUAAGCUAAGCUAAGCGUCUCCUGGCUGUAGAUUUAUUUUUAGCAUCAAAUGUGAGUACUUUCGAUUUUUUAAUCUAGCUCUCGGCAAGAAAGUGAAUAAGCGGAUAUCUCAAAAUGUUGAACUAUUCCUUUAAAGUACUGAAGUAGUUUCCCGCAAUACAUUUACUUCAGUUCAGACUUUAAACCUUCUUUAUAACAGAAAGAGGAGCUGCUGUUGAAUGUUAAACUGUCAUUUUUCAAGGCUGUGAACUUUACAAAGUUACAUUCACUUCCACAGUAUAGGGCUGAAACUUAGCACGUACACCUAACACUGUCUGGAUUAGGUGGGAAGUGUUAUUUUUCUUUUGGGUGAUGCGGCCCUUGUAUAAACUGUAAAUAUUGAAAACCUU